CUCUCUCUGUUUCUCAAGAAAGCACAAAACAGAGCACACACUUUAUCACUGUUUAAUAACAACAAACACAUCUACUCAUCGAGAUUUAAAUCACAGCCCCAUCACUCUCUAGAGAGAGAAACAAAUACAAAAAAAUAUAAAUAUAAAUAUAAAUAAAAUAACUCUCUCUCUUCUUUCCCUUCCCCCUUUCUCUCUCUACAUAUCUCUACAGUCUUAGUAAUUACCAGAUGUGAGCCUGGAGAGAGAAACACAAAAACACUUCACUUUCCUUACUCUCUCUAGAAAAUAUCUGUAGCUGCUAUAGAUUUGGAAAAAGAAUCUCUUUUUACUAGUACAUUUGGAUCUUGCUACUGCACAUGGAAGUGAGUAGCGGGAGGUAAGCACGAGUAUUAGAUCGGAGGAUAUGGCGGGGGUUUACGGCGAGGGGACGGCGGUUCUUGAGGUUAAUGGUGGAGGUACGGCCACGACGCCGACACCGCUUACUGUGUCUGGAUCUUUUAAGGAAGGGCCGAAGAGCUCGUCGAGGAGGCGGGCAUCGGUCAGGCCUAGCUUUGAUGCAGACAACGAGUUCAUGACGUUGCUUCAUGGGUCGGAUCCGGUUAAGGUGGAGCUUAAUCGGCUUGAGAAUGAAGUUAGAGAUAAGGAUAGAGAGCUGGGUGAAGCACAAGCUGAGAUCAAGGCGUUGAGGUUCUCUGAGAGACUUAGAGAGAAGGCUGUCGAGGAGCUCACUGAUGAACUCUCGAAGGUGGACGAGAAGCUCAAGUUAAUGGAAUCACUUCUAGAAAGCAAAAAUCUUGAAAUAAAAAAAAUCAACGAUGAGAAGAAGGCCUCUAUGGCAGCUCAGUUUGCUGCUGAAGCCACUCUUCGUAGAGUUCAUGCUGCUCAGAAGGAUGAUGACAUGCCUCCAAUUGAAGCCAUUCUUGCACCUCUGGAAGCUGAGCUUAAGCUGGCUCGCCAAGAGAUUGCAAAACUUCAAGAUGAUAACAAAGCAUUGGAUCGUCUAACAAAAUCUAAAGAAGCAGCUUUAAUCGAGGCUGAAAGAACAGUUCAAGUUGCCUUGGCUAAGGCCUCCAUGGUGGAUGAUCUCCAAAAUAAGAACCAGGAGUUAAUGAAGCAGAUAGAAAUUUGUCAGGAAGAAAACAAAAUCUUGGACAAAAUGCAUAGACAAAAGGUUGCAGAGGUUGAAAAACUGACUCAAACUGUAAGGGAACUGGAAGAGGCUGUUCUUGCUGGUGGUGCAGCAGCAAAUGCUGUGAGGGACUACCAGCGGAAAGUUCAGGAGAUGAAUGAGGAAAGAAAAACUCUUGACCGGGAAUUGGCCCGUGCAAAGGUAACAGCAAACAGAGUAGCCACAGUGGUAGCAAAUGAGUGGAAAGAUGCUAAUGACAAAGUGAUGCCUGUAAAACAAUGGCUUGAAGAGCGUAGAUUUUUGCAGGGAGAAAUGCAGCAACUUCGUGACAAGCUUGCUAUAACGGAGAGGACUGCAAAGUCAGAGGCACAGUUGAAAGAGAAAUAUCAGCUGCGUCUUAAAGUGCUUGAAGAGAGCCUAAGAGGGUCUUCAAGUAAUAAUCGUAGUACACCAGAGGGAAGGGGUAUAAGCAAUGGGCCUUCUCGUCGACAGUCCUUAGGUGGUGCUGAUAACAUCUCAAAAUUGACCUCCAAUGGCUUUUUAUCCAAGAGAACUCAGUCAAGAUCUUUGUCCUCUAGCACUAGUUCAGUGCUGAAGCAUGCUAAAGGAACAUCAAAGUCGUUUGAUGGGGGCACAAGAUCAUUGGACAGGAGUAGGAAAUUGCUCUUAAAUGGGGCUGGCCAAAAUCAUUCAUUCAACCAACCUUGUGAUGGAACAAAGGACACUGAGACACCUAGUCCAUGGAAAGGAAACUCGGAUGAAAAGCCCAAUGAAUUCCCACUGGCAGAUACAGAGGAUAGUGUCCCUGGAAUAUUGUAUGAAUUGCUGCAAAAACAGGUCGUAGCUUUGAGGAAAGCUGGUCAUGAAAAAGAUCAAAGCCUCAAAGAUAAGGAUGAUGCAAUUGAGAUGUUAGCGAAGAAGGUGGAGACAUUAACUAAGGCUAUGGAAGUUGAGGCAAAGAAGAUGAGAAGAGAAGUAGCUGUAAUGGAGAAGGAGGUUGCUGCCAUGCGUGUAGAGAAAGAACAUGAGAAUAGGGCAAAGCGGUUUAGUAAUUCGAAAGGGCCUGUAAGUGCUACUCAGAUGCUUCCUGGGAGAAAUGUAUCACGCAGCGGGUUAACACGCAGCACUCAAUGACAAUAAUCCGCACCCCAGGAUGCAAGGAGUAACUGCAUAGGUCUUGGUCUUCAGUUCUUUUUUAUAUUCUAUAUUUUUCCCUUCUCCUGUGAUUGAUUAUAUGAUUGUAACUGGCAUGCCGAUGACCCUGUGUUCCACUGAAAUUGUCAAGGAAAGUACAUUCAGGAAGAGAAAAUUACUGGAGGAUGAAAUCGGUAUGCAUCUGACAUAGACUGUUAUUCCUCUGUUUUAAGAGAUCAGCAUAAUGAUGGAAAAGAAGAUAGUGACUUUGGGCUAACCUUUUCAGGUUUUUCUUUUGAGUGAACAGUGGUUGUGUGGUUGUAUAGGUAGCUUAUUGGGUUUCAUGUGGUCUACCAUUUUGCAGUUUAUUAUUUGUAUUCGGCUGCUAGUGUGAUUGUUAUCGGUUCAGGUUUGUUAAUAUUGUUUUAAUCAGAUCAAAUUCAGAUCC